UUUCACUGAUGGAGAUGAAACCUCCUAUUUCCCGAGCAAAAAUGAUUCUUAUCACAAAAGCUGCCAUUAAAGCUAUUAAGCUCUACAAGCAUGUUGUCCAGAUCGUAGAGAAGUUUAUCAAAAAGUGCAAACCGGAAUAUAAAGUCCCUGGAUUGUAUGUUAUUGACUCUAUUGUUCGUCAGUCUCGUCACCAGUUUGGAACGGACAAAGAUGUUUUUGGGCCAAGAUUCUCUAAAAACAUUACUGCCACAUUCCAGUAUUUAUAUCUCUGUCCAUCUGAAGACAAGAGUAAAAUAGUCCGUGUCCUGAACCUUUGGCAGAAAAAUGGAGUAUUUAAAAUAGAAAUAAUUCAACCUCUUUUGGAUAUGGCAGCAGGAACUAGUGCCACUGCACCAAUGACAGAAAAUGCUACUAAUAAUGAAGGUUCGCCGCCCCCUCCAGCAAAGGUUCCUUCGGAGCCCCCUCAAGUUACUGCUAACUCAGUACCUACUGUGCCACAGUUGCCCAGUUCUGAUGCCUUUGCAGCUGUAGCUCAGUUGUUUCAAACAACGCAAGGACAACAGCUUCAGCAAAUUCUUCAGACUUUUCAACAGCCUCAAAAACCCCAGUCACCGGUCAUAGAUAACACUGUGAUGGCUCAGGUUCAAGCUAUUACUGCUCAGUUGAAAACUACAGCAGCACAACCACCAGAACAAAAAGCUGCUUUCCCACCACCUGAGCAAAAAACAUCAUUUGACAAAAAGCUGCUAGAUCGGUUUGACUAUGAUGAUGAACCAGAAGCAGUGGAAGAUUCAAAGAAAGAAGAUUCAGCUCCUUCUCCUUCAGUUUCUCAGCCAGCUUUGACCUCUCUCUCAUUCAGUGCACAGGCUGGAUGGUGCUCAAUACCUGGUGGGUUUCCAGGAGAAGGUAUGCAACAGCCAGUAUUUCCUCAACUCCCAAAUAUGGAUCCUUUUCAGCAGCGAAUGAUGGGAAUACAACAGGAUCCAAUGCGUCACCAGGUUCCUCUUCCUCCUAAUGGGCAAAUGCCAGGUUUUGGUCUCCUGCCUACCCCGCAGUUUCCUCCGAUGGCUCAGCCUGUGAUUCCGCCAACAGCACCUGUGCAGCAAACUUUUCAGUCUCCUUUUCCAGUACAGAGUGAAUCACACAUGCAAAAACCACAUCAGCAGGAUAUGGAAGUGGAACAGCCACCUAUUCAAGAGGGAAAACGGCAUGUUUCUGACAACAGAAAGUCAAGAUCUAGAUCUGCGUCAAGGUCGCCUAAAAGGAGACGUUCAAGAUCUGGCUCCCGAUCUCGAAGGUCACGUCAUCGUCGAUCUCGAUCUCGGUCCAGGGAUAGACGCCGACACUCUCCUAAGUCUCGGUCACAAGAAAGACGUGAACGUGAGAGGGAGAGAGAACGCAGGUCAAAAGGCCUUCCUCAGAUCAAGUCAGAAACUGUUAGUGUUUGUAGUACUACGCUUUGGGUAGGACAGCUUGACAAAAGGACAACUCAACAGGAUGUUGGAAGUCUUUUGGAGGAAUUUGGCCCAAUUGAAUCAAUAAAUAUGAUACCGCCUAGAGGAUGUGCCUAUAUCGUAAUGGUUCACAGACAAGAUGCUUACCGUGCCCUACAAAAACUGAGCCGAGGAAACUUCAAAGUCAAUCAGAAAUCUAUAAAGAUUGCAUGGGCUUUGAAUAAAGGAAUAAAGCCAGAUUACAAGCAGUAUUGGGAUGUAGAAUUAGGUGUUACUUACAUACCAUGGGACAAAGUGAAACCUGAAGAUCUUGAAAGUUUCUGUGAAGGAGGAAUGUUGGACAACGAAACUCUUAGUCCAGAGUGGAAGGGCAUUCCCAAGAAGUCUGAAAAUGAAGUAGCUCAAAAUGGAGGUGCAGAAGCUACGCAUAAUGAACCAGUGUCACCUAUACCUAAAGCUUUACCUGUUCCAAUUCCCGUUCCCAUGCCUGCACCAAUAACAGUACCUCCUCCACAGGUUCCACCACAUCCAUCAGGUCCUCCUGUGGUUGGUGCACUCCAACCACCUGCUUUCACAGCACCUUUAGGAAUCCCACCUCCUGGAUUUGCUCCUGGAGUGCCACCACCACCGCCGCCUCCAUUUUUACGACCUGGUUUCAACCCAAUGCAUUUACCCCCAGGCUUUCUUCCUCCUGGACCACCACCACCUAUAACUCCUCCAGUAUCUGUUCCUCACACUCCAGCAGUAAACAUCCCAAAUUCUACAGCAACUGGUGUGAAUGAAGACACUACAAAAGAUUCAUCUGUAGGAAAUCCCAUCCCAACAGUGGUUUCUGGAUCCAGAGGGAAUGCUGAAACUACCGAUAGUUCCAAAAUAUAUGGGACUGUGCCACCUCCUGUAGCACCUACUAACGUACCUGCUCCUGUCACCCAAGCUAUUCCACUUCUCGGUAGCAAAGGAGUGUCCCUUGAAGUCUUGCCCUCCCCGUCCUCUGAGUUCACGAGCUGGCCAGGCUGCAUCGUCAUUCCUUCCUUUUCAUUCUGUGCGUCAGGUUUCACGCCUAGGGAAAUCAAAGCAUGGGAAAUGGAGUGUGCCAGGGUUUCACCACGUGUGCGGAC